AUGCCGACUGACGAACUUGGGUCCCCAAAGAUCAAGGGUAUCACUGAUUUGAUCUACCUGCCAUACAACCACCCAUAUUGGAAAGGUCAUCGGUCUAUCAGCGCCAAGUUCUGUUCCUCAAACGGAAGGCUCAGGGUCGAUGAGUUAUCAGUCCACAACCAGAGCCAACGGAAUGUUCAACGUGAAUUUCGAGAUGCAUAUGGACUCAGUUGUAUAAGUCUUUAUCUUGGGAUUAUUAUUCAGUCUGGCCCUACGAAACAAAUCGACUUGAUCAUCAUGUUCCCAACACAUUUCCUCGAUGAGACGUCAAUAUCAACUUCAGAUCUUGGACACAGGCCUUUCCGACUCGCCAAUGUUACGUUGAAUCAUGCAUUUCCCAUCGAUGUGCCUGGAGGGCACCUCGCCAAACUCUGCCCACCCAAGACACAGGUCACGAUCCGUGCUAUCCAACCCAUUCUAGGCGAGGUUGGUGAUCAUGAACAGAUCUUGCCAGCACCUGCGUCCAUUGUGGAUGAGUACAUCCACAACCCGAUGUCUUCCCGCCUAGUCCACUAUACGUUUUCCAAAAUCUUACGCGACACAUUUGAGAACAUGUAUACUAGUGGAUAG